UGAGAGGGAAGGAGGGGUAACUUUGACGGCCGAACAAAAGAAUACGAUCCAUCCUAGCAGCUGAGAAAAUGGCGGAUCAGGCUGAUCUCCACCACUCCUUGAAGAGUGGAACAAAGCGGGAACACGAGAUGGCAGAGAAAUCCCCUUUCAUACAGAAGAUAAUCCAUGGGAGGAUGAGCAAAGAGUUGUACAGGAUCUUCCUGGCAGACCUCUACUACAUUUAUCAGGCUCUGGAGGAAGAAGGGGAGAAGAAUAAAGACCAUCCCGUCUUUGGACCCAUGUACUUCCCUGUCGAGCUGAACAGAUGCCAAUCCAUAGAGAAGGACCUAGCGUACUACUACGGCAGUGACUGGAAAACCCAGAUCGAGUGUACUCCUGCCGCAAAGGCCUAUGUGGAGCACAUUCACACCCUGGGUGAGGAGAACCCUUCUCUGCUUGUUCCCCACUCCUAUGCCCGUUAUUUGGGGGAUUUGUCUGGUGGACAGAUUCUCAAGUACAAGCUACAGAAAUGUCUUCAGCUUCCCACAGCUGAUGAAGGCCUGUGGUUCUAUGAAUUUGACGACGUGUAUGACGUCAAGAAGUUCAAGUCAUUCUAUUCAUCCAGGAUGAACUCUCUUGAAAUGCCAGCAGAAACCCGAACCCUAGUGGAGGCAGAGGCCAAAAAAGCCUUCAAGUACAACAUCGACCUGUUCGCUGAACUUCACCAGAUUGCGCUGUCUAUGCCAAAUGGUUACAUUGAAACAGAAAAAGAGAAGGAAGCUAAAGCCAAAGUCACGAAUGCGAAGACAGAAGAAAAUGGGAAGGUGGCCGAAGAGAAGGAUCUUCAUCACACCCUGAAAUCGGGAACAAUGAAGGAGCAUCAAAGUGCCGAAAACAUGCCUUUUAUUAAGCAUAUCAUUCAUGGACGCAUCACCAGAGAGAUCUAUCGUCUUUUUCUGGCCGAUCUCUACUUUAUCUAUGAGGCACUUGAGAAAGAGGCAGAAAAAAACAAAGAUCAUCCUGUGUUUGGGCCAAUGUAUUUCCCUGUGGAAGUGAGCAGAGUUCCAGCUCUGGAAAAAGACUUAAUAUUUUUCUUCGGGCACAACUGGAGAGGUCAGAUUCACUGCAACAAAGCUGCUUCUGCUUAUGUGAAACGCAUCCACGAGCUUGGUGAAAGUGAUCCCGCAUUGCUUGUCUCUCAUGCUUAUGCCCGCUAUCUCGGAGACUUGUCUGGCGGGCAAAUACUCAAAUACAAACUGCAAAAGUCCAUGAACUUGGAUAAGACCGAGGAAGGAGUUCGAUUCUACGAGUUUGAUGAAAUCGAUGACGUGAAGAAGUUCAAAACUUUCUACACAUCAAGGAUGAACUCCCUCGACGUUGACGCGCCAACUCGCACCAGGAUUGAAGAGGAAGCAAGAAUGGCGUUCAAGUAUAACAUAGACGUCUUUGCAGAGUUGGACCAGAUUGCUUCCGAAAUGCCCAAUGGAUACAAUCUGAAUGCCAAGGGUAAGUCUUCUCCCCAGGAGAACCCACCAAAAUCUGCUGAGGAACCAGACCUUCAUAAAUCCUUGAAAUCUGGAACGAUGAAAGAGCAUCAGAGCGCAGAAAACAUGCCCUUUAUCAAGCACAUCAUCCACGGAACUAUCACACGCAAAAUCUACCGAAUUUUUCUGGCCGACUUGUACUAUGUGUACACAGCCCUGGAAGAAGAGGCCACUCGAAACAAAAACCACUCGGUCUUUGGCCCAAUGUACUUUCCUGUUGAGCUCAGUCGCAAAGCCACAAUAGAAAAAGACCUAGAAUUUUACUACGGGAAAGAGUGGCAGUCAGAGAUCAAAUGCACUAAGGCAGCUCAAGUAUACGUGGACAGAAUUCGAGAGCUUGGUCAAAACGACCCUGCACUUCUGGUCUCUCAUGCGUACGCGCGCUAUCUUGGAGACAUAUCGGGUGGACAGAUCUUGAAGUACAAACUACAGAAAUGUCUCAACUUGUCCAAAGAAGGCGAGGGUGUCCACUUCUAUGAGUUCAGUGAGAUUUCAGACAUCAAGAAGUUCAAAGGUUUCUACACUGGAAGGAUGAACUCUUUAGAAGUGGAAGCUGAGGAGAGAAAGAGAAUCGAAGAGGAAGCUCGGAUGGCUUUCCAGUAUAACAUCAGAUUGUUCGCAGAAUUAGACGACAUUGCCAAAAACAUGACGGAUGCUUACGCAACUCGAACCAAAGACAAAUCUCCCUUGGAAGAGCAACCGGAUCUUCAUCAGUCACUGAAAUCUGGCACGAUGAAAGAACAUCAAAGCGCGGAAAACAUGCCGUUUAUCAAACAGAUCAUCCACGGUCGUAUCACGCGAGAGAGUUACCGCGUGUUCUUGGCGGAUCUCUACUUCGUGUAUAGAGCACUUGAGGAAGAAGGCGAGCGAAACAAAGCCCAUCCAGUCUUCGGUCCAAUGUACUUCCCUGUAGAACUCACACGGCUUCCAUCCAUAGAAAAGGACUUGGAAUUCUAUUAUGGUGAACACUGGAAGAAAGCUAUUACAUGUACCUCUGCAGCUCAACAGUACGCCAGAAGAAUCCGCGAGUUGGGUCAGAAUGACCCGGCUCUAUUGGUGAGUCACGCUUACGCCAGAUACCUAGGAGACAUAUCGGGGGGUCAAAUUCUAAAAUACAAGAUCCAGAAAUCUCUCCAGCUCUCGGACGGUGAAGGUGGCGUGGCGUUCUACGACUUUGACGAGAUUGACGACAUCAAAAAGUUUAAGAGCUUCUAUACCGGUCGGAUGAACAAUUUAGACAUCGACCCAGAUACCCGAAGCCGCAUACAACAAGAGGCCAAGGAAGCUUUCCAAUACAACAUCCGUCUUUUUGCAGAGUUAGAUGAAAUCUGUAACUCAAUGCCAAACGGGUACCAUCCAGCCAAGACGAGUGAAAUCCUAGAAAUGUCCACUGGAUCAUUGUCUGUGGUCACCCAACCAAUCUUGGGAAUCAAAGGCUUCACAUUGGAGCGUCUUUGGCAGUGGAUGAUGUUCUUGCUGCUGGCAGCGAUUGUGAUAGACUUUGUGUGAUGUGCAACAAUAUAAACUUUGCUCACAGUGACAGCGAUAUUUAUAAACAAUGAAAAGUCAAAAUUUAAGUAUUCCGUAAAUAAAUUAAUGUUAAAGAAAGCAACGGCUAAGGGUCAUGACUUUGGAGCCGGAAACAUCAGUAUGAAGCGAAUAUCUGCACAUUAAUUUGUACUGCUUAGUGCAAGUGUUAAAAUUUUUUUCAGGCGUGAUUGUCAAUGGUCUGUGAUGUGACUUUUCAUUCGUUUAAAGUUUUAGAAUGCAGUUUGAUUAGCUUUGUCCACGCACAAGUUUUCUCCCUGAAAUUUUGAUUUCACUUUUGUGCAUGCAUACGUCUAAAUUAUUUUGUCUAGCCCAGGUAUGUCCUAUUGCUAGUGCUAAUCAUGUCCAGUGUCAAAUCCAUGGGAGAAAGUAUCUGUACAGGCACGCUAUUUGAGCUUGACUAGUCU